AUGACGGGCGCAGCGAAUCAAUUAGAUAACACCAGUGAUCAGUAUCUCGAAUUGGCAGCCGCGCAUCUUCGCUUCGUGGACGAUCGCAUCAGACGUGAUCCUGAUGCAAACUCUUUCUCUAUUCAAACAGACUCGACCAAUCUCAUAUCACGAAAUCACUGCGAGAUCUAUGUGAUUGUCUACGAGCCAUCAGUUAACCACGUCUAUGUGCGAGAUCGCAAAUCUGUCAAUGGGACAUUGGUCAACGGAGUGCUUAUCGGCAUCGGGCCCCAGAUAUCCUCAGGGUAUCUCCUACAAGAUGGCGAUGUUAUCGAGAUUCGACCCCAUUGGAAGUUUCAUUUUCACCAACCUCGAAAGCCCCCUCUCCGUCCAUUAACUGUCAUUCAAACGGAAGAAUGCCAACUUUUCGAAGAUAAAUACAUCUUGACUCCGCGCUGCCUUGGCACCGGGGCAGAGGGAGCUGUCUACCUAACUCUGGAGCCGAAGACUAAGCGACAGCUUGUUUGCAAAUUAGUCAACUUAGGAAGACAGGAUGGAAAGAUGCCUCAAGAUGAGCUUUAUAGGAAGCUCCAAGAGAUUGAUGUCCUUCGACAGCUUAAGCAUCCCAAUAUCUUACCAUACAUUGAUGCCAUUAUCUCGCCACAGUCCUUAUACAUCUUCACCGAUCUCGCGUCUGGUGGUGAUCUCGUCUCCUUUAUGAACCGCCAUGAAAUUAUUGAAGAGAUCGAUUGCCGAAUCAUUCUACGACAAGUAGUACGCGGGCUUGCCUAUCUUCACAUAAAAGGCAUCAUUCACCGAGAUCUGAAACCGGAAAAUAUCUUGCUGGCAUAUUCUCCGAGAAUAUCUUGCCAUCGAGUUAUGCUCUCGGAUUUUGGUGCUUGCGCUGUACCUCGCCGGAGCAGAAUGAUAACAGAUGUUGGCACAAUCGAUUACAAGGCCCCUGAGGUUUCCUCAAGUAUGGAAGCUCAAACUACGGCGGUUGACAUGUGGUCUCUUGGCCUGGUAACACUUCGGCUACUUACCCUUGAUGCCGACGGUUUUGGAAGUCUCACACAAAUGGACCAAUCAUCUCUUGAGAAAGCAGUCAAGGCAAUAAUCCAAGUGGUGUCUCCAAAGCUUUCCUCAAAUAGCCUUCGAUUUGCUUCAGCUUGUCUUCAGCUGACACCGAUAAACCGAAUCACUGCUGCCGAAGCGGAGUGCCACGACUGGUUUUGCACUCCACAGAAGCAUUUCGAAUUUUUCCAGCAAUUCGACAAGCGAUGUUUCGAAGAAGCUCCCAGUGACAGUACCCAACUCAAGCCGAUGCCAUGGGACUUGGCUGGCCUUCAACUCUUCUCACCCACGUCAACACCUGGCAAAAAUUCUGCCGAUGGCGGCGAAAACUCAACUCCGUGGGACUCGUCAUCUUGUAUAGAGAAGUCAAUUUAUUUUGGCGGCGCCCACAAAGAUGUAAAGUUGGCUGAGCUAGAGCUGGCAACAAACCUAUCGUCACCACACCAAGAAUUUAAAGCGCCACUGCCUAAAGCUAAACCGGUACUGGGCUACCUGGAGGCUUGUAAGACGAAAAAGACCUUGAAGACGCUGCACAAUAGUAGUCAUAAGGGAUAUCGGAAAGUAGAGGCUCGAAUCCUAACGGCUCAACAAAUGCGAGUUUGUGAUGUCCUCCAACUCCCUCUCACUGAACUUGACAAGCAUUUGAAGCCGACAAACGCAGACCCCAAGCACCACCGAGAAGUAGUAUUAGCAGAGCUGGAGCGGCUAGAUGCCAAGUUUUUGACAGAUAACAUGCAGAUUACUAUGGGAGAUAGAGAUACUAGGGCCAAGAGAGAUUGA